CCUUCUAAUUCUUCCACAAUUUGCAACAAACACAUCCCUCUCCUCCAUUUUCUCUCUCUUCAAUUUUCUUUUUAACGACUUAGAGUGAGAAACAAGACCCAAACCAAAACCAGCAAUGGCUCUCUCAACUCUCUCCUCAAAGUCUCUUUAUGCCAACAACCCCCGCACUGUCUUUAAUCCCAACCAGCAGCAUCACCAGUCAUCAUUCUCCCUUCUUCCCGGCAACAGCAAACCCAGAUCCCUCCCUUCAAUCACAGCCGUCCAUGCAGCUGAACCCACCAAGAACAGCACUGUCUCUGUCAAGACCACCCCUUCUUCUCCUCCUGUGGCGGCUCCCGGUACCGGGAAAUGGACAGUGGAUAGCUGGAAGACAAAGAAAGCAUUGCAGCUUCCGGAAUAUCCCGAUGCUGAUAAACUUGAGAAUGUUUUAAAGACAAUUGAGGCUUUUCCUCCAAUUGUCUUUGCUGGGGAAGCGAGAAGUUUAGAAGAGAAGCUUGCUGAUGCUGCUAUGGGGAAUGCUUUUUUGUUGCAAGGCGGUGAUUGUGCUGAGAGUUUUAAGGAAUUUAGUGCUAAUAAUAUUAGGGACACCUUUAGAAUUCUUCUUCAGAUGGGUGUUGUUCUUAUGUUUGGUGGUCAAAUGCCUGUUGUUAAGGUGGGGAGAAUGGCAGGUCAAUUUGCAAAGCCUAGAUCAGACCCAUUUGAGGAGAAGAAUGGAGUGAAGUUGCCCAGCUACAAAGGGGAUAAUAUUAAUGGAGAUGCUUUUGAUGAGAAAUCAAGAAUUCCAGACCCAGAGAGGUUGAUAAGAGCUUAUUGCCAGUCUGCAGCUACUUUGAAUCUUCUCAGGGCCUUUGCCACUGGAGGGUAUGCUGCUAUGCAGAGGGUAACACAAUGGAACCUUGAUUUCGCUGAGCACAGUGAGCAAGGAGACAGGUACCAAGAACUGGCACACCGGGUUGACGAGGCCUUAGGAUUCAUGGCUGCCACCGGACUCACAGUGGAACACCCUGUUAUGACAACUACUGAAUUCUGGACAUCCCAUGAAUGCUUGCAUUUACCCUAUGAGCAAGCUCUUACAAGGCUGGAUUCCACUUCUGGCCUGUACUAUGAUUGCUCUGCCCACAUGCUCUGGUGUGGAGAGCGUACCCGUCAGCUGGAUGGUGCACAUAUGGAGUUCCUUAGAGGAAUUUCUAAUCCCCUCGGUAUCAAGGUGAGCAACAAAAUGGAUCCAAAUGAGCUGGUUAAACUCAUUGAAAUUCUGAACCCUAACAACAAGCCUGGAAGGAUAACAAUCAUUUGUAGAAUGGGUGCUGAGAAUAUGAGAGUCAAGCUUCCCCACUUGAUCAGAGCAGUGCGCAGGGCUGGACAGAUUGUGACAUGGGUCUGUGAUCCAAUGCACGGGAACACAAUUAAGGCUCCUUGUGGACUAAAAACACGUCCCUUUGAUGCGAUUUUGGCUGAGGUUAGAGCGUUCUUUGAUGUCCAUGAACAAGAAGGAAGCCACCCAGGAGGAAUUCACCUAGAGAUGACUGGCCAGAACGUGACUGAGUGCAUUGGCGGAUCUAGGACAGUUACUUUUGAUGACUUGGGUUCACGCUAUCACACACAUUGUGACCCUAGGCUCAAUGCUUCUCAGUCUCUUGAGCUGGCAUUUAUCAUUGCUGAGCGACUAAGAAAAAGAAGGAUCGGAACCCAACGCCUGCUUUCCUUGAGCCUGUAGGCAGCUCUCCUCCAAGUCUUGUUUUAUUCCUUAUUGGUCAUCAGUCAGUGUAUUUGGUAGUGAAUAAGUUUGUUAUGUAUCCUAUCCCGAUGUUUGUGUUGUAGCCAUCCCUCAUCUCCACAUCAGCCCAGCAAUUCUUUCCUACGAUCGAUAGCAACCCUGGAAUCUGCCGACUUGAAGCCUAGUUUUGCAAAGAAUGUCUUGCAUCCUUUCUUUAAUAUGAUUUUAGCUGUGAAAGGACUGUUUCGUUAAAAAACGGCUGGUAUGGUGUCCUCUUGAGUGGAAGCUGCAGAAGCAAGGUGCUGGAUAUCAGCUUUACAGAAUCUUAUUUGUUGUUUUAAGUAAACUGGUGAUUAAAGUUUAUGUAUUAUCUAGCAUUGAAGUUUGAUUAAGUUACUGUUUGGGAAGUUUCAAGGAAAGAAAUAAAACCAAGUCCAUUGUUGCUUUCAGAAUGGAUGAUGA